AUGAGCGGGUCCCUAAGCAGAGGUCCUUCGUACAGCCCUGCAGGGUCUUUCGAAAACACUGCGCUACAAUUUGCGGCUAGACGCGGGUCUAUCGAACAAAUUCGGUAUUUAAUUGAAAGUGGAGCUGAUUUAGACGCAGGCCCGGAUCCAGCCCUACAUUUGGCCCUGCACAAACAAAACGUUUUCAUAGCACACCUUUUAUUGCAAGCAGGGGCGGACUUUGAAUGUAGGGACUCUCAUGGGGGACUACCCUAUCCAUAUAGCAUGCACACUAGGCCUCUUAGAUAUUGUGCAUACUUUAUGCUCACUAGGAUGUAGUGUAGAAGUGGCCAAUCAAAAGGGACUGUCUCCUCUGCAUUUGGCGGCCAAAAAUGGACAUAUACCAGUUGUUAGGUGCUUGUGCGCAUCGGGAUGUAACAUCGACAUCAGAAACUCCGAUAACAUAAAAGCGGACAUCACGGCUCUGAAGUAUGGCCACAACGACAUCGCAGAGCUCCUCGAUCGGCUUAGAGUGACAGGCCAACGCGAUGCUUUCGCUAGACAGCUGGUUCCCACCUCCAAAUCCGCUUUGAGGCUGUCUCUGCGGCUUCUAGGGCAUUGCGGAGUCGGUAAAACGUCUGUGGUGAAGUCUCUAGGUGCUGGAUUGUUCAGCAGUCUCUUCAGGAGGUCCAGCUCGUUGCAGAGCAAUAAAUCCAGACCAUCAUCCCCAAUCAACACUCAAAUAGAGAUGGACGUAACGUCAAGACAGAACUCGUUGAGCUUCGAGUCGCCAGCGAACAACGGUACAAAUGGAAUAAGCGUACAAAAUAUGAGCAUAUCAAACGUCGGAGAUGUUACCGUAUACGACUUCUCAGGCCAAGAGAGCUAUUUUUCUGUGUAUCAUCACUUUCUAUGGCCCACCCCAUACUCUUUGACAGCCAUUUUGUUCAAUCUCGAAGAUCCUCCCACCACGCAAGUCCAGCAGGUGUGCUUUUGGUUGAACUUCAUACUGGCCAGAGAAUCAGCAGAUCUACCAACAGCCGAGUAUGGCCAAAUAGUCCUCAUAGGAACGCACGUGGACCUGACCAGAGCCGUCAAGACUCAGAACGGCGAGUGGUUGAGUCCAGACGCCCAGAAAACGCUGGAGUCCGUCAGGAAAAUGGUCCCACACGCCCCGAAUCUGAUGUCCCAUGCUCUAGUUGUGGACUGCAACGUGCCUGCGUCGUACGCGUUCAAGCAGUUGAAGUCCAUUUUGUCCAACAUGAGGCAGGAGUUGAUUCAGCAAACCGUUGGGACGUGGACUGGAUUGCUGGAAGCAUCUCUAACGUGGCUUGCCACUUUACAAAAAGAUUACGAACAGUUUCCAGUACUAACCAGGCCGGUUUUUGCCGAGAUACUGCGAUGUCAGGUCAAUUUACUGGCGUCAGAUGACCACAUAGAUGAGCUGUUGCAGCAACUUCACUCCAUGGGAGAAGUUUUUUGUAUACAAGAUUUGGUUGUAAUCUCUGUACCUUGGCUGGGCGUCCAACUAAUAGGCGAGUUGCUAUCGAACCAUUUUUUAUUGCACGCGAGAGUCACUGGUGUCUAUACCACGGACGAUUUUCAAGCGAGCUACAAUCAGUGCGACGCCCUAGGGGUGCUAGAUCUCUUGGAAGCCUUGGAUGUAUGCAUACAGUGCGACAUAGAUGGCGAAAUAGAGUACGAAUUCCCUAUAUACAACCACAUGGAGACACUGGAAGGUCUGUGGGAUUUCAGAGACCCUAGAUACUCGAUUAAAGACUCCAAAUAUGGAGGUGUGAGGCUAUAUACACCUCCAGGCACCUUACACCUAUUCAAAUCGGUGUUCCCACACCUACAGGUCGAGUUGAGGAAAGUUUCCAUGCAACUCUACACCAACAACGACAGCGACACCGACCUCUACCAAUGGUACAUGGGUUCGAAGCUGUGCGCAAACGAGUUGGAAAGCCUGAUAACCUUGGAAGAAGACGAAUACAUUGAAAUAAAAGUCAGGGGACCAAACGAUACCUCAGUACAAUGUUUCUACUUUUUGGACAACAUUUUAAAGACUAUAGAACAGGCCUUAUAUAAAGUAUGUCCGGGUUUAAUGAUAGAAAAACACGUGAUCAGUUCGCAAGACUUGAAAGCGCAUUGUGAUGAACCUUUCUGCUACGAGCCACAAUCCAUUUCCACAUCCAUGUUGGAAGCUGAGUCCACACUCGACAUAACUCUCUUUAAUCCAAUUAGGGAAAAACACGAGACCAUCGUUGAGCUAAUAAUGUUCGGUAACGUGGAAUUGGCAAGCAAUAUGCACUGGGGUUGCGUAUCUAAAGUCCAGGACCUCUCAGGCCCGGUGAAACUAAAGCUGUGCGGUCUCCUGGACCCGCCGGAAAAGCACGGCCGCGAUUGGUGCCUUUUGGCCCUCAAACUCGGAUUGUGUCAGGAAAAAAUCGCCGCCUUGGAUUCCCAACAUUCCAGCCACACCAUGAGACUGCUCACCACAGCCGACUGCUCCAUAGGUGCUUUAGUUUCCUCUUUGCACGAGCUAGAUCGUGAGGAUGCCGUUGAAGUUUUGCUGAGGUCAGCUCCUCUUUUUAGAGUUAUAGAAUCUUCAAAUUCUUAG